GGCAGCUCCUGGGUCCUCGCCUGGCGAAGCCCCGAGGAUUACACCAGGAAUUUGCUGCCACUCCUCGGACGCCGGAGGGGGUCCAGGAUUUGCAUCCCACUGAGCGCCACAAGCUCUUGGACCCUUGAGAAGACAGGGGGGACCAUGGCAUCGGCAGAAGGUGCCAGCAAUAUGCCUAAGCAAGUUGAAGUGCGGAUGCAUGAGAGCCACCUGAGCCCAGUGGAACCAAGACCCAAGCAGUUGCACAUACGAUUCUGUCAGUCUCUCCGAAAAAACCUUCUUCUGUCUCUUACUGUAGCUGGUGUCAUUUUGGGUGCACUGUGUGGGGGGCUUCUUCGCCUGGCAACUCCUAUUGACCCUGACAUUAUCAUGCUAAUUGCUUUCCCAGGAGAUAUCCUUAUGAGGAUGCUAAAAAUGCUGAUCCUUCCUUUAAUUAUUUCCAGUUUAAUCACAGGACUGUCUGGUUUGGAUGCUAAAGCUAGUGGCCGAUUGGGCACGAGAGCCAUGGUCUACUACAUGUCUACUACUAUCAUUGCUGCUGUGCUGGGUGUCAUUCUGGUUUUAGCCAUUCACCCAGGGAAUCCCAAACUCAAGAAGCAGCUGGGAGAAGGAAAGAAGAAUGAUGAAGUGUCCAGUUUGGAUGCUUUCUUGGAUCUUAUUCGAAAUCUGUUCCCUGAAAAUCUAGUCCAAGCAUGCUUCCAGCAGAUCCAAACAGUCACUAAGAAAGUACUGGUGCCACCACCAAUUGAAGAACCCUCUAAUGUCACUGACUCUGUCUUUGCUAUGGUGAAUGAGACAGUGAGUGAAACCACACCAGAAGAACAGCUGGUCAUUAAGAAGGGGCUUGAAUUUAAGGAUGGAAUGAAUGUCUUAGGUCUAAUAGGGUUCUUCAUUGCUUUUGGCAUUGUUAUGGGGAAGAUGGGAGAACAAGCCAAGAUGAUGGUGGACUUUUUCAACAUCCUGAAUGAGAUUGUAAUGAAACUAGUGACUAUGAUCAUGUGGUACUCACCUUUGGGCAUUGCCUGCCUCAUUUGUGGGAAAAUCAUUGCAAUCAAGGACUUAGAAGUGGUUGCUAGGCAACUGGGAAUGUACAUGGUAACAGUGAUUGUGGGCCUUGUCAUCCAUGGCGGGAUCUUCUUGCCAUUACUGUACUUUGUGAUAACAAGAAAAAGCCCCUUCUCGUUCCUCGCUGGCAUUUUCCAGGCAUGGAUCACAGCUCUAGGCACAGCUUCCAGUGCUGGUACAUUACCUGUUACCUUUCGGUGUCUUGAAGAAAACCUAGGCAUUGAUAAACGGGUAACAAGAUUUGUCCUUCCUGUUGGAGCCACUAUUAACAUGGAUGGGACUGCCCUUUAUGAAGCAGUGGCUGCCAUCUUCAUUGCACAGAUGAAUGGAGUGGUGUUGGAUGGUGGGCAGAUAGUCACUGUGAGUCUGACGGCCACCCUAGCAAGUGUUGGAGCUGCCAGUAUACCCAGUGCAGGCCUGGUCACCAUGCUGCUGAUCCUCACUGCAGUAGGCCUACCCACUCAGGAUAUAAGUCUACUUGUUGCUGUUGACUGGCUCUUAGACCGGAUGAGAACUUCAGUAAAUGUUGUGGGAGAUUCUUUCGGUGCUGGCAUUGUCUACCACCUCUCCAAGGCAGAGCUCGAUAACAUUGAUUCCCAGCAUAAGGGACAUGAAGACAUUGAAAUGACCAAGACUCAGUCAAUUUAUGAUGACAUGAAAAAUCACAGGGAAAACAAUUCAAACCAACGUGUAUAUGCAGCUCACAACUCUGUCAUAGUAGAUGAGUGCAAGGUAACACUGGCAACCAAUGGCAAAUCCGCAGACUUCAGUGUUGUUGAGGAAGAGCCUUGGAAACGUGAAAACUAAGGGAAGAGAAUUCCAGCUCCAUCUUUAAUAAACCCCUGAAGCUGUCUUAUGGUAAACGAUUAAAGAAGAUUGCUCUCUUUUUAUUUAACAUCUAAGGUUUCUGCUUAUUUAGUUUGUUAGCUGAAACUUAGCAAAGAGCUCAUAAAGUCAUUGUUUAGCUGAAGUGUUUUUUGCCAAAUAACAACUCAUAACCAUCUAUCUCCCCUGUGUCACUGUUUGAAUGGAUGCAGCUGGGGAAUACUUUAUAUGUAAAGAGGUACAUUCUCACCCGCCUUCCCCUUGCACUCAAGACACAGAGAAUGUAGAUGCUGCAAAAUGAAAAGAUCAACACGCCAGUAUGGCUCUCUCCAGGGACUCAGGGUAACAAACAUAUAGUAUCAUAUAAACCUUAAAGUGUUGUUAGUGUCUCUGUGACAUACAAAUGAAUCAGUACUGCGGCAUACAUUUGAUGUAUUUAACAUUAUGUAGCUACAAUGUUAACUGUCUACAAAGUGUUUUCUAUCUGUUUAAAUGAUAAUUAGGCCUUCUCUUGGGUAAUGCUGAAUUGUUAUAUUCCUGUUACACUUUAAGUGUAUAAGUGUUUCAUUUCAAUUUGGGGGCUAAAUUCAUUCCAAGUGUAAUUCCAUUAAAAUCAAUACUGUCUAUACAUCCAAGAUAGCAUACAUCCAUCAGCAAUGAUAUAUUGUAACUAUUAAUGUCAUUCAGAAUUUGCUGAUAUUCAAAUACAGUUUGUUGCACUGCAGGGCUCACCUGUACCAUCCUCCACCCCCAUUAUCACACUCAGUGCUAUCUUCCUCCACACACAGUCCCAUGCACUGCCAUGCAAUUACUCAUAUAGUAAGAUACUACUCAGAAUAGAUAAAGGGGUUACAGUUGGGCCCACAAUAAAUUUGAGGUGAAGCCAAAUCCUGACCAGUUUACUCAGCUACAAUUCUGAUUGAAUAUGGCUUGCUGAAUUUGAUUAUUACUGUACAAUCAACACACAAUGUUCAACUGAAAUUAGUUUACAAGGUGUUCAUUUAUACCUUAUGACACUAAGACCUGCAGGCACUCAGGCUCCUGACUCACUUAGAUCCUUUUGAAAAUGUUACCCAUGUGUUCUUUAUAUGGACCUCCUAUAAACUAUAUAAGUAUCAGCCCCUACCACCUUUCUUCAGAAGGUUGGGUCACUCCCACUGAAUAUGACCCAACCCCACAAGUAGUCCCCAGGUGACUAUUCUGGGAAGAAGGUUUUAUUCAACAUAAGGAAGAAUACUAGGAUCUGGCCCCAGAUCACUACUGAACAUAUUUUUGUUGGGGAUGAAUAAUUGUGUGUAACAUGUUAAAAUUUAAUGGUGCUUAACACACAUCAGUUUACUGAUGCAUCUAUGAAACACUUAACUUAAAGUGAUAACUGUC